AUACAAACACAAACACAAACACAAAACAGCCAUUAAACCACAAAACCUUAUUCUUCUUCUUCUUCUUCUUCUCCUUCUUCUUCUUCAUUUGUUAACAUUUGAUUCCUUUCCUUUGCACAGAAUCUUCACUGAUUCUUUCAUUUCCUUUUGUUGAUACUUAGCUAACCCAACAUUUCCUGUAUAUAUACCCUUCAAUUCUUUCAGUUAUUCACACUUUCACAAAAGCUUUUCUCCGUCCUCGGAUUUCCUUCCGGUUUCGGGGUUUCAAUUUCUUUGUUGUUUCGAUGGCGCCGAGCCUGAGCAAGGAGUCCUCCGGGAUCUCCAGUCUGGUCGGCGGCUGCACCGAGUCGGUCAUCACCCUCGACAGCUCGGGCUUCUCGGCCAACGGCCAUGUGUUCCUCACCGAUGUGCCCCCCAACGUCACCGCCACACCGUCCCCAUACUCAUCCGACGGGAAGUCACUGACCUCCCCCGGGUGCUUUGUGGGGUUCGAUGCUGCCCAGCCCAGUAGCUAUCAUGUGGCGCCUGUGGGCCGGCUCAGGGGCAUCCGGUUCAUGAGCAUAUUCCGGUUCAAGGUCUGGUGGACUACCCACUGGACCGGGUCCAACGGUCGGGACCUCGAGCGUGAGACCCAGAUCGUGAUACUGGAGAGCUCUGAGUCGGGACGCCCGUAUGUCCUCCUGCUGCCCCUCAUCGACGGCCCCUUCCGGACCUCGAUCCAGCCCGGGUCGGACGACUUCGUAGACAUCUGCGUCGAGAGCGGGUCCACCAAGGUGACCUCAGACGGAUUCCGGGCUGUCUUAUACCUGCAUGCAGGCGACAACCCAUUCACCCUCGUCAAGGACGCGAUGAAGGUGGCGCGAGCCCACCUCGGGACCUUCAAGCUGCUGGACGAGAAGGAUCCCCCGGGGAUCGUCGACAAGUUCGGGUGGUGUACGUGGGAUGCAUUCUACCUCACAGUGCACCCGCAAGGUAUAUGGGAAGGCGUGCAGGGACUGGUGGACGGCGGUUGCCCUCCCGGCCUCGUGCUGAUCGAUGAUGGGUGGCAGUCUAUCGGCCAUGACGCGGACCCAAUCACCAAAGAGGGCAUGAACCAGACUGUAGCUGGCGAGCAGAUGCCGUGCAGGCUGCUGAGGUUCGAUGAGAACUACAAGUUCCGAGACUACGUGAGCCCGAAGGGCCAGGCCGCCGGGUCCUCCGACAAGGGGAUGGGGGCGUUCAUAAAGGACCUGAAGGGGGAGUUCAAUACCGUGGAGUACGUAUACGUGUGGCACGCCUUCUGCGGGUACUGGGGGGGAUUGAGGCCCAACGUGCCGGGCCUGCCUGAGGCCACCGUGAUCCAGCCCAAGCUAACCCCGGGCCUCGAGACCACCAUGGAGGAUCUCGCCGUCGACAAGAUCGUUAACAACAGGGUCGGCCUCGUCGCACCCGAGAUCGUCGACCAGAUGUACAACGGCCUCCACUCCCACCUCCAGAAAGUAGGCAUUGACGGCGUCAAGAUCGACGUCAUUCACUUGCUGGAGAUGUUGUGUGAGGACUAUGGCGGAAGAGUGGAUCUUGCCAAGGCAUACUUCAAGGCCUUGUCGGAGUCAGUGAGGAAGCACUUCAAGGGUAAUGGCGUGAUUGCGAGCAUGGAGCACUGCAACGAUUUCAUGUUCCUCGGGACUGAGGCCAUCUCACUCGGCCGUGUCGGUGACGACUUCUGGUGCACCGACCCCUCGGGCGAUCCCAACGGGACAUUCUGGCUGCAGGGGUGCCACAUGGUGCACUGUGCCUACAACAGUCUGUGGAUGGGCAACUUCAUACACCCGGACUGGGACAUGUUCCAGUCUACCCACCCCUGUGCUGAGUUCCACGCCGCCUCCCGGGCCAUCUCCGGGGGCCCGAUCUAUGUGAGCGACUUCGUCGGGAAGCACAACUUCCCGCUUCUCAAGAGGCUGGUCCUGCCUGACGGUACCAUCCUGAGGUGCGAGUACUACGCGCUUCCGACCAGGGACUGUCUCUUUGUUGAUCCCCUCCAUGAUGGGAAGACCAUGCUCAAGAUUUGGAACUUGAACAAGUACACUGGUGUAAUUGGCGCAUUCAACUGCCAAGGAGGAGGCUGGUCCCGCGAAAACCGCCGCAACCAGUGCGCUUCGCAGUUCUCCCAUGCUGUGACCUGCAAGACGAACGUGAAGGACAUUGAGUGGAACAGCGGGAAGAACCCGAUCCCCAUCGAUGGGGUCCAAACCUUCGCCCUCUACCUGUCCCAGUCCAAGAGGCUGCUCCUCUCAAAGCCAUCCGACGAGAUGGAGAUCACGCUUGAGCCGUUCAACUUCGAGCUUGUGACCGUCUCCCCGGUCAAGGAGCUCAAUGGAAGCAACAGGGUGGUGGAGUUCGCCCCGAUUGGGCUCGUGAACAUGCUUAACACUGGCGGUGCCCUUCAAUCCCUCAGGUAUGGAGACAGCUCGGUCGAGGUUGGGGUCAGGGGGAGCGGGGAGAUGAAGGUUUUCGCAUCAGUGAAGCCGAAGAGUUGCGAAAUCAACGGAAAGGAUGUUGCAUUCGAGUACGGAGGACUAAUGGUGACGGUUCAAGUGCCAUGGUCCGGGUCGUCUUCGGAGCUGAGUAUGGUGGAGUUCUUGUUUUAGUAAUGUCCGAGAGAACUAACGUUAUGUCUCUUUUCAUUCCCAAGGAGUAUUGUUGAUUUCAAUAUGGAAGCAACUACAAGUGAUAUUUAGUAAUAAAUCACCUCAAGGCUAUAAUAAUCUUGCCUCUUUCUCUUUCGAUGAGGUUCCUAAUUACUUAUCAAACCGCGAUGUUACAACGUCCGUUUAUAUAAAAUCCGAUUUCACCUGA